AUGUUAUUGACACUCUUCUAUAUGGUUGCCACGUGGAUUCAAGCUUGGCGGCUCUCGACUCUCAGAGCUCGUCUUAGUGUUGUUCUCAAAGGCCCUGAUAAUUUUCGCCCUUCAAUAAUGUUUUAUGGGAAAUCUACUCGGCCGAAAGAAGAUCCUGUGGGAAGCAAGAGUGCAAUAUCUAAUGGUAACGAAUGUGUUGACAACAUGCUUAGUUCUCAUUUCUGCAGCAAUCGGAACGACGCUAAACUGGGUGAUCUUCUGUGGUUCCAAGCAGAUAAACGACUAUGCACCAUUUAUCCUCAACAAAAAAUCGAUAUUUUGACUUGGCUAGUGUUUCCUCAUGGAAAGACGUUAUUUCCCCUUUGUUCUCAUAACUAUGGACAAGCAUCAAUCAAGGACCCUAGAAUGCAUGUAUUGAUCGAAGCCGACAUGGACAAUUAUAGUCCACUGGCUUACACAAGGGCAACAAAGCUUGAGGAUUAUGGUCAAAUUCUCGCUUGGACAUCGAAUAAGUACUUUGGAGUCAUCUUGGAGACUGAUUUGGACCACAUCACUAAAUUUUCAACGACGCUUAUGAAUGGAGAAUGUUUCAUAAAUAAUGGAUUACUGCUCACGCGUGUUCAAUCUGUUUUGGUAUCAGGGAAACCGUGCAUUUACAACGGCGAGGAGUUUAUUCCUUCGUACAAUAAAAAAUUAAUAGGCAAAGCCCAGUGGGAUGCUCACAUCAAAACACUAAGAAUAUUUGGUAGUGCAGCUAGGUUAGUAGCCCAGCAAGGAUUACCGAUGGAAGUGGAAGAUACACCAGGAAUAGUAAUAUCACCAGGAACUAAAUCUUUAUCCCUGCAAAUGCCUAUGAUUCUUGAAAUCACAUUACCUGGCGAUAUAUCCGAUUCAAAGGAUGUUCCAUCUGACUGUCCGGUACCGUCAACACCGCCACCAACACCUGCUUCGGCUAGUGCUGUCAUUAAUGGCACCGCAUCAAGAUUGUCACAAGCAUUAACAAAGUCGAUGGAUUUAAUUCCAAUGGUUUCAGCGGAUAAAUCGGCAGUUUUGCCCACCAGUCCAAGUUUGUCUAAAUCGGAGAAUUUAAUUCUAAAAGAAGAUUUGGGCUUAGACGUGCAAUCUUCCGAAGAUAUUAAAGACUCCGGACUUUCUAAAUCCUUGGACAUGUUUGCAGACAAAAACUCUGCCACUCGUAGUAUGCCAUCUCAACGCAAAAUAUUCCCAUCGACAAGUGCUGCUAACUAUUCUCCUUCAAAGAAAGUAACAGAUUUCACAACUGCUAUAAAACCAAUGAAUAUACUCAUUUAUGGAGACAGUUCUGUGGCCGUUGAUAAUGUGAAAAACGUUCUCGACAGUAUAGUCAACCGGAUGAAGUAUAUAGUGUACAUACUGUCCGCAUCGGAAGCUUGCAGCGAUAUUUGGGUGAAACAAGCUAUUUUAGUAAUCGUGUGCGGUAAUGUUGGUAACGAGGUGGCUUCCCAGCUUGUCGAAUACAUGGUCAAAGGUGGGAAACUACUCGCUCUCUGCUCCGAUACCUUGCACACCUUACUUCCAUCGUUCAAGACUGCUGAAGUACGUGAACACGAACUUGUUCGCUUUUCUUAUGGAAAGUGGAAACAUGUUCGAAUGAUGCAUCACAUAUUUUGCUAUCAAGCUUCUCCUGCCAAGACAAGGUUUUCACAGGACCACGAAGACGUUAAGGUAUCAGUUCCUCAAACGCCGGCUACCGCCAAUGUCUAUGACAAAGCAGGAAAUUCGCAUAUAUUCCACGUACGUGUGUUAGGAACCGAAGAAACGUGGCAUACACCGAGUUUACUGCUUGCCGAUUUGCCAGAAACUGGGGGAAAAGCUGUAUUUUCCCAAAUUCAUUUGGAAGCUGACCCGUCGCAAUAUGAAUUUGAGGAAAGUAAAUUCAAUGUCUUGAAGCAAAGUAAUUCAGCGCGAUUGGAGAUUUUUAGUGACUUGCUUAGCACUCAUCUUGGAGUGGAUGUUAGUCCUCAACCUUGCGUAGCACCAGUUUACACUCCAGGUUUCUUCUUAGGAACGUAUGAGCUGAAAUUAGAGAUGUUGAAGCAGCUGAAAGAUGCAAUGCAGCCAAAUAAUAUUCUUAAAAUGACAAACAUGGAUAUUCAGUUCUGUGAGCAAGGUACCAAGGCGAUGCCUCCUUCUUCUACCCUGCUUCCGGUUAUGAUACAUAGUUGUCCCGAUAACUUCUCCACGGUAGAAUACUUUGAGAUCCUUAGCACAAAAGUUGUGGGUCGAUUAGUGAUAUACAGCGAUGUAAUGACGUCUUCCAUGAAUGUAACAAACGGCCGUUCCUUGUAUCAUGGUUUAGCGAUCAUUCCUCGACGACAAACUCAAGGACAAGGUAGGAAAAAGAACAUUUGGUUGGGACCAGAGGGUUGCGCUAUGUUCACUCUUCAACUUCACAUUCCUUUGCAUUCACCGCUAGGAAGACACGUAUCCCUUCUUCAACAUAUGGUCUCAGUCGCAGUAGUUUUAGCAGUAAAGUCCACUCAAGGUUACGAGAAAAUUGAUAUUAGAUUGAAAUGGCCUAAUGAUAUAUACGCUGGGAGUUCCAUAAAACUUGGCGGCCUUCUAGUUCAAUCGAAUGUGAUCGCAUCAACGAUGAUCUGUAAUAUAGGUGUCGGAAUCAAUCUGUCAAACAAGGAGCCCACUUGCUCUAUCAAUCAGCUUAUCGCUCGUCACAACGAGCUCAAUGGUGAUAAAUUGCAAACCUUUUCGUUGGAACGAUUUCUGGCACUUAUCUUUAACCAAUUGGAGAAUCUUUUAAAUAGUGUGCAAGGUGGCAAUAUGGACACUUUAUAUGAAACUUACUAUCAGCACUGGCUGCACACAGAUGCAGACGUUACGGUCAUGUCGGAGGAUGGCACAUCCCAGGAAGUCAAAGUCAUAGGAAUAGAUGACUUCGGUUACUUGCAAGUUCAGGGAGAGAACGGCAAUAUAUUUUCGGUCCAUCCUAAUGGCAAUAGCUUUGAUAUGUGCAAAGGGCUAAUAAUUCCGCGAAAGUAAAUCUUAUUACAAGAACAGAGAGUUCAUGGAUUCGCUCUUUGAUAGAUUGAGAAUAAUGUUACACAUGUAUCUAUGUUUGGUAUACUCUGUGAAGGCUCACUCUGGCAUUUAUCUGCUACUAGAUUUCGAAGCUUUUUUGAUGAUUGUUUUAACAUUACGAAAUACAUUCGAAGUGUAGCAUAAGGAACAAUCAUUGACAAGGUUACUUGAAGCAGUCAUUUGUUUACAGGGCCCUUUGGAUCCCUUGUUUGUUGGAUAGCGACACUGUCGUUAACUUGAGCGAUUGCGUAUGAAGAUCUGAUUGUUAUUAAUACUGAUCUCUAUCUCAAACGUUUGUACACGUACCUUUUCAGCUUGACGUACUAAAGGAAUUUUUGGUUAGUCUAAGUUCACGAUGAGCAUCGUGUUUCUAAGACGAAUUUAAAAAGAAUCGUGGAAAUGUUAAGAAUGACUGCUCGAAAUUACUUUUAUUUAUUUGUGAAUAUAUUCUUUAUAAGCAAUCUCGUUACUUUGUAUAUGUGUAUGAAUUUAUGAGGUACGAUGUAAAACAAAUAUUCGUUGAGUAGACUAUGAAUAAGAAAAACAAAUCUUAUAUAAAUACUUUCAAAUAAUUCUCAGUCAAUAUUAUUUUAUCGCUGCGUUUAAGUUUGGCUGUGAAAUUGAUUCGGUACAUUAGUUCCUUUUAAUUUUAAUCAAAAAUUGGUUACAACAUUAUUCUUAAACAAAGUAUACUUAUUUUUACAUUCUACCAUGACAAGUGAUCGUGUUCCUAAUAACUCAGAAAUUGUGAUUAAUUCCGUUGUAGACAGGAAUAUGAAAAACAGAUAUUGCGACGUCUAUAUGUCUGAAAUGAUUUAAGAUCUUAAGUUUGUUUUAAUGGUUUAAGAAUGCUUUUUACAAGUCACGAUUGGAGGAGAUUAAUGCAUUUCAAUUCCAAGAAGGAAAAAGCUCUUGAAAUCAUCCCUUUUUAUAUUAAUUUUAAAAGAACGUUUUCAUUAGUCAUUACACGUUAUUAUAAUGUUAGUCUGAUCGUAGUUUAGGUUGUCAUUCAAACGAAAAAUGGAAAAAGUCUCAUGCGGUUGGACAGUAUUUAAAAGAUAAUCAGAAUUUAAUGUCCAUAGCAGUUUCCCGUCUGUGUACGUAUUUAUAAGUUUAUACUAAAAGUAUAUUUACCUUUUUUAGAACGAUAUUGCAUAUAGGCCUAUGUCUCUCUAGACGGGUCAGGCUUUAUACUAUUCUUAAAUUCGCACAGAUAAAACGCGAAACGAAAAGUGAUCCGAUAAUACCGCAAACCGUGGAUAAUGAUCGUUCUUUCAUCGUUGUGCAUCGCUAUGCAUAAUUCUUAUGCACGAGUUUAUAUGCAUACUGUAUGUGACAUGUAACGUACUCUAAAUGCUGCCGAUAUACCCUUUAGAACAUUAUUUGUAAAUGUAAUAUACAUUCGAGAUAUUAUCCACUUAACACUCUGACGACAAAUCUGCUCGUGCGUAGGUUAAGUGUAAACUUUUCUGAGUGUCAUUAUUAAAAUAAUAUUCCGUUGUUACCUACACUUGCACGUUUCAUUGUAAUUACCCGAAAACUGCAGCGUCCAACUCCCCAGCUAUAAAAUUGAAUGAAAUUUAAAUGAAUGUAUGGAUUAAUUUUUAUUUUAAGAUAUUUUACUAGGAGUGAAUAUUUGAAGCCUAUUUUUAAAAUUAAAAACCAUGAUUUACGAUGCGGUUUAAAUAAUAUAUCGCCUUCACAGGGAUUUAUCAAAGCAACUCGGCGAAAGCCCAGAAUUAAAUAUAUCUUUUCUUUUAAUAUCAGGUAUUACAAUAUGUACAUUUACUAUUAAUAAAUUUUUACAGUGCACGAACAA